AUGUCGUUACUAGGUGGCGGCUCGGAGUGCUCAACUGGAGCGAAUCCUCUGGCCCAUUUCAAUAAGCAUGCCCAAGAGGACACUUCCCUACAACAGUCGCUGAGAAACCAGCCUGGACAACAAAGAAGGAUGAUGUUGAGGGAGGAAAAUCAAAUGAGCAUGUCAGAAAAACAGCACAUGGAAAGCUUCAUGCGUAAUGAUCAGACUGGCGCUUUCAGUUUUCAGCCGAUGGCAAAUGAGCUUUCAAAUAUCCACAGACAUACUCCACUGGCUAACCAGAACAUCCAAAGAGGCAACCAGUUCAACCCUCAGGAGUUUCAGCAGUUGAACAUGAGAGCUGAAUCAGCUGGUCCCGGAUGGACGUCUGAGUUCUCUCAGAGUGUCUCCCACUCACCAGCUCAACUUCCAUCUCAACAACAGCAGCCCUCGAUGAUGAGAUCAUCUUUAAAUCGUCCCCUUAUGGGCGGGAUGAGUAGCGGUUUCAUGAUGGGCCGUUCAGCGAUGUCACAUGCUCCUGGGGUGCACGCCAACCAGGCCGACGCUGGCCGCGUGGUGGAGGUCGAGUCUAUGCAGCAAUGGGAAGACACAUUCAAGGAAUAUGAGGCUGGGUUGCAGGGCAGAGAAGACGAACCAAUAGAGGUGAAUGCAAACAUUAUGGACGGUGCCUUUGAACAAGUUUGGGACAACAUUCAGGAAACUUAUGCUGACACCGAACUAACCAACGAUGAGUACCAAGCUGCCUGGGAGAAGGAUUUCGAGCAAUACGCAAUAAGCAGAAUGAAUUACGGGAAAUACGCUUUCGAGGAGCAGAACCAGUUUGCUAACGACCCUGAUGCCUACGAGAUCGGAUUGAAGUUAAUGGAAAGCGGAGCAAAGUUGAGUGAAGCCGCACUUGCGUUCGAAGCUGCUGUUCAGCAGAACCCAGAUCAUGUGAAUGCAUGGUUGAAAUUGGGUGAAGUUCAAACUCAAAACGAAAAGGAAAGUGCUGGAAUCUCUGCCUUGGAGAAGUGUCUCCAACUAUCACCAGAAAACCUUCCUGCUCUCAUGACUUUGGCAAUUUCAUAUGUUAAUGACGGUUACGACAACGCUGCCUAUGCCACACUGGAGAGGUGGAUUCAGACCAAAUAUCCACAGAUUGCUCAACAGGCGAGAGUGGAGAACCCUGAUAUCGAAGCCGAUGACAGGGUUGCGCUGAACAAGCGUAUCACGCAGCUGUUCAUAAAGGCAGCCCAACUUUCGCCUGAUGUUGCGAACAUGGACCCAGAUGUCCAGACCGGCUUGGGUGUGUUGUUUUACUCCAUCGAGGAGUUUGAUAAGACGAUGGACUGCUUCCGUGCUGCUAUUGGAGUGAGGCCCGAUGACGCAUUAUCGUGGAACAGGCUGGGUGCUUCGUUGGCCAACUCAAAUAGGCCUGAGGAGGCCAUAGAAGCGUACUCGAGGGCUUUACAAUUGAACCCUAACUUCGUGAGGGCCAGGUACAAUCUGGGCGUAUCUUACAUCAACAUGGGCAUGUAUGACGAUGCCAUCGAGCAUCUAUUGACAGGUUUGAGCAUGCACAAAGUGGAUGGUCUGGAAGAAAUCCCCGACGGUAUGGUCAGCAACCAGAGUACCAGCUUGCUGGAGACCUUGAAGAGAGCUCUCCUAGCAAUGGACAGAAGGGACCUCAUUGAUAAGGUGAAACCCGGUAUGGAUGCUGAUUCGUUUAGAAAGUUUUUGUUCUGA